AUGACCACCAGCUCCAAAAAACCAAUUCUCGUCACAGGUGCCACUGGAUUCAUUGGAGCUCACAUCGUUGAUAAUCUCCUCUCCCGUGGCCUGAAGGUGCGAGGUACUACACGAUCACUGGCCAAAGGUCAGACCAUGAUCAACGCACGACCACAGUAUAAGGGCCAUCUCGAGUUCAUACAAAUUCCCGACUUUGAAAAGUCUGCCGAUUUUACUAGUGCCGUUGACGGUGUAGGCGCUAUCAUCCACACAGCAAGCCCGUUGAAUUAUGCUGCCAAGGACAACGAAAAGGAGCUUGUUCUCCCAGCCAUCCGUGGUGUUCGUGCUAUCCUACAGGCAGCAGCGACGAACCCUGAAAUUACACGCGUGGUCAUCACAUCUUCCUUUGCUUCAGUACUUGAUACUAAUCGCAAGGCCCCUUCAUACUUUACUUACACUGGGGCAGAUUGGAACCCCAUAACCUACAAAGAGUCUAUUGACAGCUCUACCCCUGCCUUUAUUUCUUACCGUGGUUCUAAGAAGUUUGCUGAGCUUGAGGCUUGGAGCUUUGUCAAAGAGAACACGAAGAAACCGACUUUUGACAUUGUUACACUCUGCCCUCCUAUGACGUUUGGCCCGAUUGUACAUCCCAUCAACAGUGUCGAUGAUCUAAACGAGUCUAACGCCAACCUGUGGAGUAUCGCUAAGGGCAUCAAGCCCCUCCCAGUGUCACGAGUUCCUUUCUGGAUCGAUGUUCGGGAUUUAGCCCAGGCUCACGUCGAAGCACUGCUACGACCUGAGGUUGGAGGAAGACGAUAUACACUAGCAUCGCCAGAGCGGUUCUCGUAUGAGAAGGCUGCGCAGAUUAUGGUGGAUUGCUGUGUAGCCUUAAAGGGUGUGGAGUUUGAGAAGCAGGUUAUUGAUGAGUCGUACGGUCUGGAUGGCGAGACGGCGGCGAAGGAGCUUGGUUUUGCCGUUUAUUCGGCUGACAAGUGGAAUCAGCCAAAGCGGUUUGAGUUUAAACCAAAGCCCUUUGGCGAUCGGGAUAUCGAUGUCAAGAUCAUUGCUUGCGGAGUCUGCGGUUCCGACGUCCACACUGUCACUGGAGGGUGGGGAAACAAAAACUGGCCCAUCAUCCCUGGACAUGAAAUAAUCGGCGAAGCCGUGCGUGUAGGGCCACAGGUCACUACCGUAAAGGUCGGUGACCGUGUCGGCGUUGGAGCUCAGAUCUAUGCCUGCCUCGACUGCGAUACCUGCAAAGAGGGCAACGAGACCUACUGCAAACAGCAACUCGAUACCUAUGGAGCCGUGUACCCCGACGGCACUCUCGCACAGGGCGGUUACUCUUCUCAUAUACGUUCACACGAGCACUUCACCUUCCCCAUCCCAGAGGGCCUUCAGACUGAGCUUGCGGCGCCUAUGCUUUGCGCUGGAUUAACUGCCUAUUCUCCGCUUGUGCGAAACGAAGUCGGUCCCGGAAAGAAGGUCGGAAUUGUUGGAAUCGGGGGCAUUGGCCACUUUGGCAUCCUAUUCAGCAAGGCCCUCGGCGCCGAAACAUGGGCCAUCUCCCGUACCGACCGCAAAAAGGAUGACGUCCUCGCCAUGGGCGCCGACGGCUUCCUCGAGACCCGCACUGAGGGGUGGAACGAACCCCACGAGAUGACAUUUGAUGUUAUUCUAUCCACGGCUAGCGGUGAUGACGGCUUCGACCUGAGCCCGUACCUUUCUCUGCUCCGGGUCCACGGCAAAUUUGUUGCCGUCGGCCUCCCCGAGGGCGAGGGCUGGAAAGUGAGGCCUCAGAGCCUGCUUGGUAAUGGUUGCUUCAUAGGAAGUAGCCAUCUUGGUAGCCGAGAGGAGACCUUGGAUAUGCUGAAGUUGGCGGCUGAGAAGGGGAUUAAGAGCUGGGUUGAGACAAUUCCAAUUGGUGAGGAGGGGUGUGUGGAGCGUGUGCAUAACAACGACGUCAAGUAUAGGUUCACUUUGACAGACUAUGACAAGCAGUUCAAGUAUUAG